AGUGUCGCCUCUGAAACCUAUAAAAAGCAUUUGAGGCUUUGGUCUUCCAGAGGAACAUAUGAACGUAUAACUAGAUUGAGAAUAGGAGUAAAAGACGGGGGGUUGCAGCAGCAAAGAAGCGGUAUUGUGGCCAUCGGUGGUGCAUGUGACGUCAUCUACGAAUCACAGAUCCACGUAUCCUGAGAGAAAUUGCUCCUUGGUGAUCAGUUGCUAUAGCAAUGCUCCUUUAGUGGAAAGUUGAGCAAAGGAUAACCGUUUUCGAAGCACACAGGCAUAGGGUCGCGAGGAGGCGAGCUCCGCAAACACACGCAGCAGCGUGGCAUGUUCGAGAAGAGGGAUUCGAUUUGCAUCCUAUUUUCUAUGGAAAAGCUGCUCUUCUGCGAGAAAACAAGGGGCGUUGUCACGGAUGAAGGAACACUGGUAAAUGUUGAAGACACCGUUGAAAUGUUACCAAAAUCGAGAAGAGCACUUACCAUUCAAGAGAUUGCGGCGUUAGCCAGAUCUUCAUUACAUGGCAUCUCCCAGGCGAUGAAGGACCAUGUGACGCGGCCUACAGGCAUGGCCCAGGGCAGGGUGGCCCACCUGAUAGAGUGGAAGGGCUGGUGUAAGCCCACUGACACCCCCACAGCUCUGGAGUCUGACUUCAACAACUACUCUGAUCUCACUGAGGGAGAACAGGAGGCACGCUUCGCUGCAGGUGUGGCGGAGCAGUUUGCCAUAGCGGAGGCAAAGCUGAGAGCCUGGUCAUCCGUGGACGGAGAUGAUUCUAAUGACGACUCAUAUGAUGAGGACUUCAUUCCCGCCAACGAGCCCACAACACAAAGCACAGAGGUGCCCCCCUACCUGAGGGACCUUCUUCACAGUCAGGUGUGUCAGCACCUGGGUCUGCGGGGGCCGUGCUGCGAGGGGGCAGGAGGAGGAGACGGGCCCUCCCCCACCUCCACAGACACCCUCUGCUCCAGCCUCUGCAGCUUGGAUGAGCAACAUCCCUUACUGCGAGAUCUCACCCAUCACUGCGGCAACAACCACGGUAAUGCCGCCGAGCUGGCCGCCAAGAUCCUCUCGGCCCUGCAAGGGGGGGAGGAGAUGCUGUUGGCCCGCCUCCAGAGGGUGGGGCAGGGUGUUAGAGGGAGAGGGGACUUCAAUAGCCUGGGGGAUGGAAGGGGCCGGCCGGGGGGGGAGGAAUCGCCCUGCUACUCUGUGACCUACUCCGAGACCUACCUGUCGCCCGGGGAGGACGACGAUACGCCCUGCAAAGACUAUGAGGGCACCGUGUGCCAGAGAGAAGGAGAUGGCGAGGUGUACCCACCUGACUAUGCCACCCACAGGAAGGUCUCAGACGUAGCCUCCUCCGGAGUGGUGUCUCUGGACGAGGAUGAAGAGGAGGAAGAGGAGGAGGAGGAGGAGAGGGAGAGAGAGCAGGGAAACGAAUGACUCCCCUGUCAUUGAUUUUUGUUUCAUCCAUUGUUUCUCCCUCCAUCUCUCCGUCCAUCUCUCCGUCCAUCUCUCCCUCCAUCUCUCCCUCCAUCUCUCCCUCCAUCUC